AUGGCCCCGUUGCCUAGCAAACUUGUCCUCUUCCUCUCUCUGGGGACGCUGCUCCAUCAGACGGGGGCUGCCCCUCAACAAGCCCAGAAAUCGAAAUGCGCUAACUGUGGACAACAAACUGUGACCAGCGCGGUUACUGUGUGUACCUCAACGCCUGUGGGCGGAGGUACCCAGACCCCAACUGCGCCUGGAGGAGUACUACCGACUCCCUCUGGACCGGGCGGAGGCGGAGGUGGACAUCCCAGUCAACCUGGAGGAGGUAGUGGUACCCCAAGCCAGCCUGGAGGGAGCGGAAGCAGCACACCAAGCGUGACUGUACCAGUUCCUUCCGGUACCGGGGUUGAAGGAGGAGGUGGAACUCCAAGCCAGCCCGGAGGUGGAGGGGGAACCAGCCCUAGCGUUACCCCAACUGUGCCUGGAGGGGUAGUACCAAGUCCGUCUGGACCAGGUGGAGGUGGCGCAACUCCAAGCCAACCUGGAGGAAGCGGAACAAGCCCUAGCAGUACCCCAACUGUGCCUGGAGUAACUGUACCGAGUCCCUCUGGACCAAGUGAAACACCAGGCGAAAGCCAGCCUCCUGCUGCUGGUGGUGGUGGUGGUGGUGGGCAGCCUGGUGGUCCUGGUCAGCCUGGUGGUCCUGGUCAGCCUGGUGGUCCUGGUCAGCCUGGUGGUGGUGGUCCCGGAGGUCCCGGAGGGCCUGGAGGUCCUGGAGGUGCUGGGGGUCCUGGCGGUCCUGGCGGUCCCGGUGACCAACCUGGCGGAGGCCAGCCUGGUCAUCCUGGUGGUCCCGGAGGUCCCGGAGGUGCUGGGGGGCCUGGAGGGCCUGGCGGCCCGGGUGGCCCUGGAGGGGGCCAGCCAGGAGGCGGCGGUGGAGGCACAUGCUUGUGUCAGUGCCCAUGUGACGGUAAAAACAAUCAUCCACAGGGACCUGGAGGUUGGGGUGGACAGGGAUGGGUUGCAAAUGGUUGGGGUGGGGAUGGAUGGAGCGAACAUGGAUGGAAAGGUCAGGGACCGAACAGUCAAGUACAGGACGGAGCCAGUUGGCCUGAGCAUGGAGGCGGGGGGCCUCAUAACCCCGAGAAUAACAACAAAGUGAAACGACUCCUCGCAGCGCCUCGAGGUCAGGGUAGUGACGGACAUUCGGGAGACAGUACAUUCACGCUUCCCACAGUACCAGCUCCGACUCCUACUGACUACAAAUCUGGAGCAGGUACUCCGUCUGCUCACUCAAUUCACGGCCAUAACGACCCUGAUUAUCGAGAAUCUGACCACACCAAUGCAGAUUUUAAUGAUUCCGAUUAUAAAGAUCCCGGUCGAAAACAUUCCGGCUACAAAGAUUCUGACUACGAAGAUCCUAGCGACGAUGAAAAUGAGGCCAAAUAUCCGAAAUAUCACUGCUACAAGCACCCUCACGAUCCCCGCUGCAAAGACCCCAAGUACAUUGGCUACAUAGACCCGAAGGCCCCCGACUAUGAUAAAUACGCCGAUCCUGGCUAUGGAGGUCAUGGAGGCCCUGGGGGUCGUGGAGGCCAUGGCGGUUCUGGUUACGACGGUCAGGACGGUCAGCGUGGAUAUUCCGACUAUAGAGAUGAAGACGACAAUGGCCAGGAACAGCCUUCGAUAACUGAGGCGCCAGUAGCAGGCAUCACUGGUGGCAACAUUGGAACCGGGGCCGCAGCCGGAGCUGGAGGCGGCUACGGGAGUAACAGAGCUGCCACAGAAUCGAGCACUCUGAGCUCUACCAGAAAAGCCACACCAACUUCCUCAGCUAGUCCGACCUCAUCAGCGGUGGCAUCGUCCACGAGUUCAUUCCAACUGCCUACUAUCAACACUAGGGUAUUGCGUUGGUGGUAA